CUAAAAAAACAUUAUGGCUUUUGAUCCGUAGCACGUGCCUCGCUAUUAUUAGCGGCCGCGAUGGGAACGCUGUUGCCGGCUCGAUUCGCGUCCAAAUUCGCGUCCUGUGCUAGUCGCCCAUCCCCCACCCAGCUCCGACGCCCGCCUUUCCGCCCGCCUCCGACAAGAAGCAUGAGCGUGUCCCAGGAAUCGGCCCUCCGAAAGCCCACUCCCGCUUCUACCGAUGACGGCGACGGACCAGCGAAGGGCGACGUGAUGGUGCAGUACGUGGUCCUCCGCCGUGACCUGAUCGACACUUGGCCUCUCGGCAGCGUCGUCACCCAGGGCUGCCACGCUGCGGUGGCCGCAGUCUGGUCCCACCGCCAACACCCCGACGUCCUCGCCUACUGUUCCGACGACAACCUCGACUCAAUGCACAAGGUGACUCUGGAGGUGAAAGGGGAGACACAGCUGAGGAACCUUUCGGAGAAGCUCAAGUCAGAAGGGGUGGAUCAUAAGCUGUGGAUCGAGCAGCCGGAGAACUUCCCGACCUGCCUUGCCACCCGGCCUUAUCCCAAGUCUCAACUUGCAUCUUUCUUUAAGAAGCUUAAGCUCUGCAAAUGAUUAACAGGGACCUUCAUCAAUAACAGUGCCAAGUAUUCCAUCUUUGUUAUUCUUGUGUCGAUCUCUAUCAUAACUGAGAACCAGUUUGCGUUGUGACAUCAUGUUUCUUUUGUAAGAUUUGAAAGUUAAGAAAAA